UCUCGCGAGAGCCCGCCCGGCGGUAGCCACGGGAUGCGGGGCUCAGGUGCGGGCAGAGCGCAGCGCAGCGCGCCCGGCGCCGGGCAGCGGCAGGCAGAGAACUGAGUGAGGGAGGGAGCGAGGGAGACGGCGGGGGCCGGAGGGAGCCUUGCCGCCCGCUCGCCUACGCAGCCCAGCCUCGGCCACCGCGGCAGCGGCGGCGGCGGGGGCAGGGUCCGCUGCGGCACCGCCGCCACCACCGGCUCCGCCACCGCCACCCGCCGCUGUCAGCGGCUUCCUCCAGUGGGAGGAGAGAGCCCGGAGAGCACUUUUCCCCCGACUUUAGGAGUGUUUGUGGAUUUACAUGCCAAGCCUUCAAGAUGAUGUCCAUGAACAGCAAACAGCCUCAUUUUGCCAUGCAUCCCACCCUACCUGAGCACAAAUACCCCUCUCUACACUCCAGCUCGGAAGCAAUAAGAAGAGCAUGUCUACCAACUCCACCGCUGCAGAGCAAUAUCUUCGCCAGCCUCGAUGAGACCCUGCUGGCGCGGGCCGAGGCUCUGGCCGCCGUCGACAUCGCCGUCUCGCAGGGCAAGAGCCACCCGUUCAAACCCGACGCCACGUACCACACCAUGAACAGUGUGCCCUGCACCUCCACCUCCACCGUGCCCCUGGCGCACCACCACCACCACCACCACCACCAUCACCAGGCGCUGGAGCCCGGCGACCUCCUCGACCACAUCACCUCCCCCUCCCUUGCCCUCAUGCCCGGCGGAGGCGGCGGCGGAGGGGGCGGCGGCGGCGGCCACGACGGGGCGGGAGGCGGCGGCGGAGGGGCCGGCGGCGGCGGGGCUGGCGGCGGCGGCGGCGGGGGCGGCGGCGGCCUCAUCUCCACCUCGGCCCACCCGCACUCGCACAUGCACGGCCUGGGCCACCUCUCGCACCCGGCCGCCAUGAACAUGCCGUCGGGGCUGCCGCACCCCGGGCUGGUGGCCGCGCACCACGGCGCCGCGGGGCAGGUGGCCUCGGCGGCGGCGGUGGUGGGAGCGGCCGGCCUGGCCUCCAUCUGCGACUCGGACACGGACCCGCGAGAGCUGGAGGCCUUCGCCGAGCGCUUCAAGCAGCGCCGCAUCAAGCUGGGGGUGACCCAGGCCGACGUGGGCUCGGCGCUGGCCAACCUGAAGAUCCCGGGGGUGGGCUCCCUCAGCCAGAGCACCAUCUGCCGCUUCGAGUCCCUCACCCUCUCCCACAACAACAUGAUCGCCCUCAAGCCCAUCCUGCAGGCCUGGCUGGAGGAGGCCGAGGGUGCCCAGCGGGAAAAAAUGAACAAGCCCGAGCUCUUCAACGGGGGCGAGAAGAAGCGCAAGCGGACUUCCAUCGCCGCCCCGGAAAAGCGCUCACUGGAGGCGUACUUCGCCGUCCAGCCCCGGCCCUCCUCCGAGAAGAUCGCCGCCAUCGCCGAGAAAUUGGACCUCAAAAAGAAUGUGGUGCGGGUUUGGUUUUGCAACCAGAGACAGAAGCAGAAACGGAUGAAAUUUUCCGCCACCUACUAGGGGCGGGCGGGAGGGGCGGCCCCGGCACCG